AUGUCCCACAUCAAUGUCAGCUGUGCUCCACAUCAAUGCCUGCUAUGUCCCACAUCAAUGUCAGCUGUGCUCCACAUCAAUGCCUGCUAUGUCCCACAUCAAUGCCAGCUAUGUCCCACAUCAAUGUCAGCUAUGUCCGACAUCAAUGCCAGCUAUGUCCCACAUCAAUGUCAGCUGUGUCCCACAUCAAUGCCUGCUAUGUCCCACAUCAAUGUCAGCUGUGCUCCACAUCAAUGCCUGCUAUGUCCCACAUCAAUACCAGCUAUGUCCCACAUCAAUGUCAGCUGUGUCCCACAUCAAUGUCAGCUGUGUCCCACAUCAAUGCCUGCUAUGUCCCACAUCAAUGCCAGCUAUGUCCCACAUCAAUGUCAGCUAUGUCCCACAUCAAUGUCCCACAUCAAUGUCAGCUGUGUCCCACAUCAAUGCCUGCUAUGUCCCACAUCAAUGCCUGCUAUGUCCCACAUCAAUGUCAGCUGUGCUCCACAUCAAUGCCUGCUGUCCCACAUCAAUGCCUGCUAUGUCCCACAUCAAUGUCCCACAUCAAUGUCAGCUGUGUCCCACAUCAAUGCCUGCUAUGUCCCACAUCAAUGUCCCACAUCAAUGUCAGCUGUGCUCCACAUCAAUGCCUGCUAUGUCCCACAUCAAUGCCUGCUAUGUCCCACAUCAAUGUCAGCUGUGUCCCACAUGAAUGUCCCACAUCAAUGCCUGCUAUGUCCCACAUCAAUGUCCCACAUCAAUGUCAGCUGUGCUCCACAUCAAUGCCUGCUAUGUCCCACAUCAAUGCCUGCUAUGUCCCACAUCAAUGCCAGCUAUGUCCCACAUCAAUGUCAGCUGUGCUCCACAUCAAUGCCUGCUAUGUCCCACAUCAAUGCCUGCUAUGUCCCACAUCAAUGCCAGCUAUGUCCCACAUCAAUGCCAGCUAUGUCCCACAUCAAUGCCAGCUAUGUCCCACAUCAAUGUCAGCUGUGCUCCACAUCAAUGCCUGCUAUGUCCCACAUCAAUGCCUGCUAUGUCCCACAUCAAUGCCAGCUAUGUCCCGCAUCAAUGCCUGCUAUGUCCCUCAUCAAUGCCAGCUAUGUCCCACAUCAAUGCCUGCUAUGUCCCACAUCAAUGCCUGCUAUGUCCCACAUCAAUGCCAGCUGUGCUCCACAUCAAUGUCAGCUGUGUCCCACAUCAAUGUCAGCUGUGCUCCACAUCAUUGUUAAGCUGUCCCACAUCAAUGCCAGCUUUGCUCCACAUCAAUGCCAGUUGUGUCCCACAUCAAUGCCAGCUAUGUCCCACAUCAAUGCCACCUAUGUCCCACAUCAAUGCCAGCUGUACUCCCCAUCAAUGCCAGCUAUGUCCCACAUCAAUGCCAGCUGUGCUCCCACAUCAAUGCCAGCUGUGCUCCACAUCAAUGCCAAUUGUGUCCCACAUCAAUGCCAGCUAUGUCCCACAUCAAUGCCAGCUGUACUCCCCAUCAAUGCCAGGUAUGUCCCACAUCAAUGCCAGCUGUGCUCCCACAUCAAUGUCAGCUGUGCUCCACAUCAAUGCCAAUUGUGUCCCACAUCAAUGCCAGCUGUGUCCCACAUCAAUGCCAGCUAUGUCCCACAUCAAUGCCAGCUGUGCUCCCCAUCAAUGCCAGCUGUGCCCCACAUUAAUGUUAAGCUGUCCCACAUGAAUCUUAACUGA